AGACUCAUAGCAUCGAUAGAGCUAAUCAUCGGUGCUAUCGAUAGUUAAAACUGCGGUCACUCUGCAAACAAGAAAUCUGAAAACUCAGCGAAAAUUUCGGAAAAUUUUCGGAAAACGCUAAAUAUUGUAUUGAAAAGCCUCAGAAUUGGUGUGAAAAUGACGUCGCUGGACCCGGCGCCAAACAAGACAUGGGAGCUUUCGCUGUACGAGCUGCAGCGCAAGCCGCAGGAGAUAAUUACGGACAGCACCGAGAUCGCGGUUUCACCGCGAAGCCUCCACAGCGAAUUGAUGUGUCCCAUUUGUUUGGAUAUGCUAAAGAAGACCAUGACCACAAAAGAGUGCCUGCACCGCUUCUGCUCGGACUGCAUUGUGACCGCGCUACGGUCGGGCAACAAGGAGUGUCCCACGUGCCGCAAGAAGCUGGUGUCCAAGCGAUCGCUUCGCGCUGACCCUAAUUUCGACCUGCUCAUCUCGAAGAUCUACCCCAGUCGCGAGGAAUACGAGGCCAUCCAGGAGAAGGUUAUGGCAAAGUUCAACCAGACGCAGUCACAGCAGGCGCUGGUCAAUUCCAUCAACGAGGGCAUCAAGCUGCAGUCCCAGAACAGACCCCAGAGAUUCCGCACCAAGGGCGGCGGAGGCGGCGGCAAUGGUAAUGCUGCCGGCGCAGGUACUGCUGCUGGCGGCGCUGGUGGUGGUGGUGGUGGUGGGUCCGCUGUUGGUCGCAAUGCCUCUAAUCAAUUACAUGUCCACGAUACAGCCUCCAACGACAGCAACAGCAACACCAACAGCAUCGACCGCGACAACCGGGAUCCUGGACAUUCGGGCACCUCGGCAGCAUCGGCAAACACAAGCGCUUCGAAUGCGCCGCCCUCUUCGUCGGCAACUUCAGGAGCCAGUACGUCCGCCACUCGGAUGCAGGUCGACGAUGCCUCCAACCCGCCCUCGAUGCGUAGCACACCCUCGCCGGUGCCCUCCAAUUCAAGCAGUUCCAAGCCGAAGCGCGCCAUGUCGGUGCUGACCUCGGAGCGGUCCGAGGAAUCCGAAUCCGACUCUCAGAUGGACUGCCGCACUGAGGGUGACUCCAAUAUAGACACCGAGGGCGAGGGAAACGGUGAGCUGGGCAUCAAUGACGAAAUCGAGCUGGUUUUCAAGCCACAUCCCACGGAGAUGUCUGCCGAUAACCAGUUGAUCCGGGCCCUCAAAGAGAACUGUGUGCGCUACAUAAAAACCACGGCAAAUGCAACUGUAGACCAUCUCAGCAAGUAUCUGGCAAUGCGCCUGACCCUCGACCUGGGAGCCGAUCUGCCAGAAGCCUGUCGUCUACUCAACUUCUGCAUCUACGUCGCUCCCCAGCCCCAGCAGCUGGUCAUCCUCAAUGGCAACCAGACCCUGCAUCAGGUCAACGAUAAAUUCUGGAAGGUGAACAAGCCAAUGGAAAUGUAUUACUCGUGGAAGAAAACCUAAGCAGUACUAAAGGCAAUUAGUAUUAGGUCGCGUAUUUCCGGACGGGAAAUAUCCCUCUAGCUGUAGAGCUUCACAAUUACAUAAAGCUUACAAUAUAAAAGCCAAUAUAUUAAUUAUACAGAUUAUAUUUAUGGAUAAAUCGCUUUUAAAAUCUGUACUGCUUUUCGAAUAGGUCGCGAUAU